GGUCGGGAAGUAGGAGAGCUCACACUGGAGACGGCAAGCACUUGGUAUCUGUUGUUAAAACGGACCGCGUUUAAAUCCUGAGUUGUUGGAAUGGAAAAAAUAACACAGCAGCCUUAAAUUUUCCUUGGAAAGCUCAAAGAGUCUCAUCCUUGUCCUCGAGCAGAAAGUGCCACUGCCCUCAUGGAAGACAAGAGGAAGAAAAGGAGUCCCAAAGUGUCCCUUCCCCAACCCCCUCCUCCACCAAUCAACCCUCGAAAGCUCUCAGUUCUCCCAGCGAGUAAAAGUGCCACAUUCUCGUUGGGUUUACCCCAGCCCCCCUCCCCAAAACCCAGGGGCAAGUACAAGAGAUCGGUGGGGGCAAUGGGUCCAUCUAAAGAUGCUCUCACCGUUCCUGUGGUUCCCCCCAAAAACACAAGGUCUCACAGAGAGAAACCCAGAGCUCCUCAGCCUGCCGGACCCAGCCGCUUAUCCCAGUCUUCCUCGCCGCUCCAGCACUCUUUCCUCACCGACGUCUCUGAUGUGAGAGAGAUGGAGGGAGGACUGCUCAACCUGCUCAACGACUUUCACUCUGGAAAACUACAGGCUUUCGGUAAGGUGUGCUCCUUUGAGCAACUAGAGCAUGUGAGAGAGAUGCAGGAACGUCUGGCCCGGCUGCAUUUCAGUCUGGACAGUCAUGUGGAGGAGCUGUCUGAAGACCAGAGAAAAAGCGCUGCGGACCGCAAUCUAGAACACUUGCUUUCUAAUCUGGAAGAAUUGAGCAGCUCAAUACAGAAACUCCACCUGGCAGAAAAUCAAGACUUACCCAAGACCUCCAGCACCUGAAGCGGGAAACCAAACCCAGCUGACCAUCAAAUCACUGUGCCGACCAAAGCCCAAGAUGCCAUGGCUACAACUCAACUGCAAGUUAAUGAAGCACCAUCAUCGUGUUCUGUGUUAAACGCAAUGAUAAGUGACGGCAACAGCAUCAGAGCACAUUCUCCAUGUAAACGAAAUUCAACUGCAAAAAUGGCACAUCUUGUUUUUCAGAUAAUAUGAUCUUGCCAUUUAAAUUUUAAUAUUUCCAAUUUAUAACCUGACAGCUAAGUUGCAUCCUCUUUGUCACAGUAGUUUAUCCGGGUAAAUAAUAACUGUUCUUACUUUAGGGAUUGCAUGAGUUGAUUUCAAAGAUUCAUUGCUCACUGGUAAAGGCUGACUCAUUUUUUCAUAACAAAUUGAGAUCUAGAAUUUUAGUUCAGCAAUGUCAGACGUAAUUAAACAAAAGUGAUGAACAUUUACAUUAUCAGUCAAUCAUCAUAAUAACUGAUUUUAGUUUAUCAGUGUUCUCUGGAAAGAUGUUGUAAAUGGCUGUGGAGUAGCUAUAAACUCACUCAGGACUGUUUGAAAUCAGUGAUCUUAGUGCCUCUUCUCAGUGUCUAGAUUACAUUGAUUGUUUCAACUGUAAGGUUUUCACACGAGACUCUGCAAAUGAUGGAACUGGAACGUUUUGUAGAUGUUUGUACAUUAAAAUAGACAUACACUUAUUUAAAAUAAUAUAUACCUUGUUUGUAAAGUAGAGUUUUAAAUAGCUAUUUAAUGUUGAUUAGGAACAAUUCUGAUAGAAGUUGUUUGUUAUUCUUGACAGCACUGAAGGAAAUGUACAGUAUUUGUGUGUUAUCUUUGCAUAAACUAAAGCGAAAACACAAUGGAGUCAGGCAUUUCAAAUUUCAGUUUCUAAAAGGUCCUAGAAAUAGAAAUGAGUUGACUAUGAAAUGAAAUGGAGCACAAGACUUGUAGAUUUGCAGUCUCUACCCCAAAGCACAAAAGAACAGAGUACAGUAACAUCGAAUACAGGUCAGAAGGUUCUGACAAGCCGCAGUGGAUGUAGAAAAAAAACUAUGACAUAAUACAUAGUACAACCUCACUAACAUCUCUAAAAAAUCUUCCCAUCUUAGACAAAUUUCUGUGAUAAACCAUCAGCACAAUAUAUGGACAGGUUUGAAGAAAAGCAAAUUAUCUACGACAGUUUGAAUUUUUAUAUUACAUGAUGCAGUAAAAUCACUUUACAGCCGACCUCUGCUACGCCUACCUCCAAAUAUUUCAACGAAGAGUCAGUACUGUUGCCUUGAGGGAAGGUCUGUUUAAAUUGAUAUCAGAUUGAUUCAGGGCAGGUUCUGAUCCUGCAUCAGCAUGUACAGGCCGGUUUCUCUUCCCUCACUGCCUGAGUCUACAGCAUUAAAAGAGUCAUUUAAAAAAAGAGGCAUUUGUAUUCUUUCUGUGAAUUUUAAAUAUUUUUAAAAAGAAAAUAUUUGCGUGCUUUGCUUUUCGUCCGUGUCUUGUUUUGUUUAAGAACGCAUAUAAACUAUUUUCUAUGUGUGUGCUUUAAGUAAUAAAACUUAAUGCAACAAUUCA